UUACUGAAGGUCAUCUUGCGUGAUGAAUCAUCAAUAUCAUUGAUUGCGUGGCGUAUCAAUAAAAAGGUUAUCAUCAUUGAGCAUGACUGAAGCUGAGUUUAAAAAUAUUGAUUCACUGGAAGCGAAAGAGUCUGACAUCCUCGACACUAGAUCUCCAAACUUAACCAGAGACGAGGCCAGCGCCUCGUCGGCGCCCGGUGACGGCGCCACGACGGUCGUCGACCGGGAUGGCUCCGAUCUGACUGACACCGAACCCGACGACCUGGAGGACUAUGCUGCGGGCGGCGACGGGCCGCCUCCGGGGGGCGGCUCGUGCGCCACACUGCCCCUACCGUGGGGAGCGCGCCGCGAGCGGCACUGCUUCCCGGCCAGCGUACAGGUUGACCCCGACCUGCGACCCGGAGAGUUCGUCAUGAGGACCCUGUUCGCCGAGUUCACGGUCCAAGCAGAGAGGAAAAUCGAGUCGGUCAUGAUGGAGCCGCUGGAGCGCCCGCUGUCCAAGUCGCUGCAGCGAGGCGAGGACGCCCAGUUCGACCAGAUGCUGUCCACGUUCGGCUCGGCGGCCGAGCACUGUCUGCCGUCCCUGCUGCGGACUCUGUUCGCCUGGUACGACCGCCAGGGGGUGGACGUGGCGGCAGAGGUGCGGCUGACCCGCACAGACGCCAAAGGCAGGGUAGAGCCGACCACCGACCGCCUGGAGCGGGAGCACCGCGAGGACCGGCGCGACCUGGCCGUGGAGUUCAUCUUCUGUCUGGUGCUGAUCGAGGUACUCCGUCAGUUCUACCUCCACCCGGGCUACGAGGACCUGGUGCGCCAUCUGGAGAACCUGGCGUUCCGACACUUCAAAUACCGAGAGAGCACUGCGGCCGGUCCGAACUCCUCCAAUGUGAACAUCAUCGCCGACCUGUACGCCGAGGUGAUCGGCGUGCUGGCUCAGUCGCGCAUCCACUCUGUGCGCGCGCGCUUCAUGCACGAGCUACGCGAGCUACACGCCAAGGAGAGCAGCCAGCAGACCACCCAGGGCAUCAUCGCCCUCCUCAUGGGCAUGAAGUUCUUCAGAGUGAAGAUGGUGCCGAUCGAAGAGUUUGAGAUUAGCUUCCAGUUUAUGCAGGAACUGUCACAGUACUUCCUCGAGGUGAAGGAUAAGGACAUUAAGCACGCGCUGGCGGGGUUGUUCGUUGAGAUUCUGGUGCCUGUGGCCGCUUGCGUUAAGAACGAGGUGAACGUGCCGUGUCUGAAGACGUUCGUGGAGAUGCUGUACACGCACACGCUGGACAUGUGCACCAAGGGGAAGCACCGGCUGGCCAUCUUCCCACUGGUGACCUGCCUGCUCUGCGUCAGCCAGAAGCAGUUCUUCCUCUCCAACUGGCACUACUUCCUGGCCAUGUGCCUGAGCAACCUCAAGAACAAGGAUCCCAAGAUGUCGCGCGUAGCGCUCGAGUCGUUGUACCGCCUGCUCUGGGUAUACAUGAUCCGCAUUAAGUGUGAGAGCAACUCCGCCACCCAGAGCCGCCUGCAGUCGAUAGUCAACUCGCUCUUCCCGAAGGGCUCCAAGAACGUGGUGCCGCGCGAUACGCCGCUCAACAUCUUCGUCAAAAUCAUCCAGUUCAUCGCGCAGGAGCGUCUGGAUUUUGCGAUGCGUGAGAUCGUGUUCGACCUGCUGUCGGUGGGCCGGGCGGUGAAGAUCGUCACCACGCCGGAGCGCAUGUCGAUCGGUCUGCGGGCGUUCCUGGUGGUGGCCGACAGUCUGCAGCAGAAGGAGGGCGAGCCGCCCAUGCCGCGCACCGUCGGCGUCCUGCCAUCAGGUAACACGCUACGCGUCAAGAAGACGUUCCUCAGUAAGAUGCUGACGGAUGACGCGGCGCGCAGUAUCGGCGUGUCCGCCUACUACCCGUACGUCCGGAAGGUGUUCAGCGACAUACUGCGCGCGCUCGACAGCCAGUUCGGGCGGCCGCUCAUGAUGACCAAUACGCAGAACGUCAACAAGGAGCCGGACGAGCGGAUAACCGGCGAGCGUAAGCCCAAGAUCGACCUGUUCCGGACGUGUGUGGCGGCCAUCCCGCGGCUGGUGCCCGACGGCAUGACCCGCAGCGACCUCAUCGAGAUGCUGGCCAGACUCACCGUUCACAUGGACGAGGAGCUGCGCGCCCUCAGUUUCCAGAGUCUGACUAAUCUCGCAGUGGACUUCCCCGAUUGGCGCGAGGAGGUGGUACUGGGCCUCAUCUGGUUCAUGUGUAAGGAGGUGGCGGACACGGCGCCCACUCUGCUCGACAACGGCCUGCGCAUGGUGCUGCAACUGCUCACCAGCUGGAGGAACGCCAUCGCCGCGCCGGCCAACGGGUCGACCAUCAAACGACGCGAGCUGAACGCCGUGGCGCCGUCACCGGCUCAGCGGAUGGACCAGCCGGGCGUGCUGCACAUGGUCGAGGGCCUGGCCUUGGUGAUGCUCUGUCACUGUCGGCUGGCCGUCCGCCGGCUGGCCGUCCACAUACUGAAGGAGGUCAAACUGCUCUUCAGGGCACUCGACUGUCUGCGGCCGGGCGAGACGGCGGCCGUGGACGCCAUGGACGCCGCCUGUCCGGCGCUGGUGGAGCGCUGCCUGCCGCUGCUGCCGCCAGCCGAGAAGGCGGCCGUCCUCUCCACGUCCAAUGUCGACCUGCAGUGGAUCGCAGAGAGAAACUCGGCAGUCUGGACCGCAGGUCUGCACGACGACGGCGCACAGAGCGGCUCAGUGCCCCACCUGGCCGCCGGAGACGCCUGGGCCGUCUGCCUGCAGGGCUUCCUCGAGCACGGCAGGCUGGCGACCGCCGCGCCCGUGGCUGUGGCACACGCCUGGCCCAUGGUCCACCACAGGAUCCAGGCGCUCUUCAGUGUCAUCGACCCCACACCGGUGAGCGACAACCGCGCCUCGCUUCUCCGCGGCACCACGGCCAUCAAGAAGCCGCCCGAACAGCGGGACAUCUACAUGGGCCUGUGGCGCAACUACGCGCUGUUCGCGUGCCGCGUGGUACCGGCAGUGAGCCAGCCGGGCCCGGCCAUCCGCUGUGUCUCGCCAGAGCUGAAUGUCAGCUCGUCGCCGGAGACUGGCGUGGGUGACCGUCCGGACCCGGCGUCUCUGCACCGUCUGCUGGUGCCGCUGCUCCGCUGUGAGGUGCAGGAUGUGCGCGACUCGGUCAGCGACGCCCUGGGACACAUCAACCACCUGGCGCUCAAGGACCUGAUGGUGGAGCUGGCGCCCUAUAUCCGCGAGGCCGUGGAUAGGAAACAGGAGAACAUGCGCCGCAGGAGGCGGCGAGACACACUCCGCCAGCAGCUGGUCAAGGUGUUUGAGCGCAUCGCCGACCAGGGAACGUUCGGACGCAGUCCGUCUAUCAUCGAUACCGACUCGCAGACGCUCUAUCCGACGUUCGUGGAGUACAUCGACGGCGCCAGGCUCUACCUGGAGGUCGAGGGGGACAAGACCACCGACACGGCCAUCAACCAGAUCAAACUGUUCUUCUGCAACUUCAUCCGCAAACUCAUCACCAGCUUCCCUCUGGACCUGCGUGUGACGCUGCUGAAGCGCGACCUGCGCCGUAACCUGGUAAACCUGUUCGCGCCCUGGAGCGGACCGUUCGGCCGACCGUUCCUCCCCAGACACGGAGACAGCAAGGAGCUGUCCGCCGAGCCGGUGACCUCGGUCUCGGAGCUGGAGCUGGCUGCGCUCACCUCCAUGUGGACGGUGGUCUGCUGCGGUCAGCUGUUUGACCCGGCCGUGGCCGUCGACGACGGAGACAUCUACCGGGGACUGGACAUACUACUGGCCUGCGCCGAUGACAAGGUGCAGCAGCUGGCGCGUGAGACGCUGGUGCUGCUGCUCGAGUUCAACCCGGACAUCUCGGCGCUGCUCGACUGGACGGUGGAGCGGUGCUACACGGGCUCGGCCCAGGUCAGCGACUGCUGCUUCCUCGCCAUCGCCACCGUCUUCAGCGCAAAGGAGUACCCGUGCGACCACUACACGGCAGUCAUCAACGUCACGCUGCUGAACACGGGCUGUCCUCGGGCCGAGAUCCACCAGACGGCUCUGCAGCUUCUGCAACUGCUGGACAAACGGUUCUUCGGGCGGGACGGACGGCACCUGGCUACAGAGAACGAGACAGAUGCUGAGAAGGAACGCCGCGAGCAGGGAACGCUGGACGCUCAGCUGGCCGCCUCCUACUGUCGGUCGCAGAUGUUCCUCUCCAAGCAGCUGGCGCAGCUGCAUCCGCACCUCACCAUGCCCAUGUUCUCAGAGGUGACCUACCGGCUGCAGACGGCCCGCCCGAUGAUCCGCCAGCGCCUACUGCAGUACCUGCUACCCUGGCUCUACAACAUGGAGCUGGUCGACCCCAAGAUUCAGCCCAUGAGUCCGCUGGCCAAGUUUCAGUACUUUUCUCAGAUUGAGGCGUCGAGCGCGGCCCAGCAGCGCAGGGAGGGCUGGGGCUCGGCGGAGGCCACCGAAAUGGUUAUCAACAACCUGCUCUACAUCACGGCAAAGAUUGGCGACGACCACCCGAAGGAGCUGGAGGACCUGUGGGCAGCACUCUGCUCCUGCUGGCCAAACAACCUCAAGAUCAUCCUGCGCAGUCUGUUCAUCCUCUGUGGAAUGGCGCCCAAUGAACUGCUGCCCUACGGCCGGCGGGUGGCGGUGUACAUGGCCCGCGUCCGUCCCGACCAGCUGGUCGAGGAGAUGAUGACCGAACUGCAGACGGUCGAGUCGAUGAACUACACCAUCGAGCGGACAGAGACGCCGCCAUUCUUCCGUAUCACGUCGCUGAGGAAGACGUCCAGUCACUCAGUGACGGAGUGUGGCGGCAGCGGCCAGCAGGACCCGGCGCCGCCGCCAGCCGCCGAGAAGGGCACUCUGCACACCAAACGGCACAGCGGCGAGGAGAUGCUCCGAGACAGUGUGACGGGCCAGCCGCGCGCGCUCAGCCACAGUCGGACCGGCUCGGUACGCAGCAGCUCCACCGUGUCCAGCUCCCGGUCCCAGGACCGCGGCCGGCUGAUUCACGAGGAGCCCGCCAGACACCAGACGGCUGAGGACAAUUUCACUGUGCUGCGAGCCCAAAUGGAGGACCAUCAGCAGCAGCAGCAGCAACAGCAGCAGCACCACCACCAGAUGCAGCUGGAUAACACGCCUCAGCCGCACCCGCUGCCGAUGCCGGAGUACGGCGGGUACUUUGCGCCGCUCUCCAGCUACCUGCCCAACUGCAGUCAGCCCAUCGCCAGCUUCCACCGGUGUAACCUGGCGCUGAUGCUGAUCCAGGACGUGGUGGUCGACUGCGUGGAGACGCCGUGGUCUCUUCAUGUGCCCUUCAUGCUGCACAUCAUAUUCCUGGGACUGGACAACGCCCGGCCCCUGGUCCACGAAAACUGUAAGCAGCUGCUGCUGAACCUGCUGGUGGUGCUGUCCCAGCACGGGGACCACCUGUCUGUGGCGGCCGUGCUGCUCAGCUGCCGAGCCGAGCUGCUCGAGUACGGACUGACACUGCCCACCCCGCCAGUUACUCGGCAGAACCUGACAGAGAAGGAGGACCAGCCGUGCCGCCAGUGGGAGGAGGCCGUCAGCUGCGCCUCCUCCACCAGCACUGCAGACACGGUACUCCAGUUCCUACCGUCGGCACCCACCGCCUACGGCACAGACUCGGGUCCGAGCUCGUCGCUGGUGACGGUGCCGACGAUCGUCGCGGGCGACGAGUCGGAGCCGGCCUCCCUGGUGUCUGUGAGCGCCGUCGAGCCGCCGGCGCCGCUGCCGCUGCCGCAGCUCUGCCUGGCGCUCAUCGACUUCCUGGCCAGCCGGCGCUGCCAGCCCAUGUGGGGACACGAGGACAGCAGUGCUAAGGUGUGGCACAUCCACUCGUCAGAGCAGCUCUCUCGGCUGCUGGGUCACGUGGUGCGGAUUUUCGGAGAGAGCCUGCCCUCUGCGCGCAUCCAGGAGCGCUGGGCCAAGGUGGCCCUGCACGUGGCUCUCAGCUGCUCGUCCCGACACUACGCCAGCCGAUCGCUGCAGGUGUUCCGGGCGCUGCGUGUGCCCGUCACGGGAGGGAUGCUCUCGGAGAUCCUGUCCCGGCUUGUGGAGACCGUGGCCGAACAGGGGGAGGACAUGCAGGGCUACGUCACCGAGAUGAUGUUGACUCUCGAGUCGGCCGUCGACUGCAUCGACUCCGACUUCCGUCCGAUCGACUUCGUCAAGGACCUGUUCAAGUCGACGCCGAACCUCAUCAACAAGGAGCCGCGCCGUCCGCACAUGACGGGCUCGGUGGGGCCGGCGUGUGGUACCCAGCUGGCCGGCCACCUGAGGUCCACCAGCUGCUCCACGGGGCAGCAGCCGGGCGGACCGCGCAAACAGCCCACCAGCCCCGGCAGCGACAGAGAGGGCCGUCCGGGCCGGGUGGCGGACGGCGGCAGCGGCCGCUCGCCCACGGGCGCCGCCGGCGCGCUGAGUCGCUCCCGGUCGGCCAACAGCCUGAAGCAGAUGUCUUCCGACCCGGACACGGAGGAGAACAAGCUGACGGUGCUGUCGCAGCUCUUCUGGCUGUCCGUGUGUCUGCUCGAGUCCGACUACGAGUAUGAGUACCUGCUGGCCAUGCGGCUGCUCGAGAAGGUGCUGAGUAAGCUGUCGCUGGACCGUCCCGACUGCCGGGACCGCGUGGAGCGACUGCAGCUGCAGCUGCGCUGGUCCACCUUCCCCGGCGUCCACUCGCUGCUGCUCAAGGGCUGCACCAACCCGGCCACCUACGAGCCGGCGCUCACCCUUCUGACCAGCUUCACAAAGCUGCUCGACUCGUCCGUGGUCGACCCGUCACAGAGCUCGGCUUUCCCGCUCAACGUCAUCGCCCUGCUGCCCUACAUGGUGUACCACUACGAGGACGCCAACCCGCUCUGCAUUCAGGCGGCCGAGAACAUCGCGCAGGUAUGGACAGAGGAGGGGA